UGUCUGAAAUGGCUAGAUAAGGUGGUCGAGAAAGACUUCAUUCAGAAGAUAGCAUUUAAGCAAGACUCAGCAGUAAAUAUUGUGAAACCCCAGUUACAGUUCUAUUUAUUCUGUGAUGGGUAAAUAAAGUACUUUUCCCUUAAGGUGGAAACUACCAAGAAAGACUAAUUACUAGAAAUGCAAUCUGGGAGAGAGACACCUCUUUCUGCCCCAUUUAGCCCUUCCCUCCCAGGUGAUUCUUCAAAGCUCUUUACCAGUAGGGGUGGGGCUGGGGGCAGGACUUGGACAUUUGGCGACAGCGAAAUAUUAUUGACCCAUUAAGGGCAAAGCUGAAGAGAUUUGGGAAUGCCCCCAGAAAGACCCUUGAUAAAGCUUGGAAAAAAGCUGUUCUCUGAGUAUGUCUAAGUAUGUUUGUAUGAAUGUCUGGUUGCUAAAUAUGUGUAAGUAUCAGUGUCUUUAGCUAUCUUAGAGCAGGGCUUGACACUUAGUACACAAAAGUGGUAAUUUCCUCUUCUCUCCUCCCCCAUUAUAGAGGUAAAUCCAACCACAGAAAGGUGCUUCUCAAUCCAUCUAUGCCCUUCCUUAACCUUAUGGGCACCUGGACCCAUCACCAAGGUGAUGAGAGUCACAACUGGGCAUCAAUGGCAGGGGCUAGUUACUGCUCAAAAGUCAUUGAAGGGGGAUGGGGCCUCUUGCCGGGAAGAGUUAGUCUUGGACUCAGAUUUCUGUCCAGACCCUGACCUUAUUUGCGCUGAUGUAAUCAGCCAAUAUUGGCAUAGUUCUGACAGACAGGACUUGGAGUUUCAGCAGGCUCGUGGUGGGGGUGGUGCUGCUGCCAUCUCUAUAUAGGGGGCUCAUCCAGGUGCCCAGAGCUAUCCUGUGGCAUCUCAGCAUGGCUCGUGCACUGGGAGUACCAGUUGCACUGGGGUUGUUGGGCCUGUGCUGGUCUCUGACCUUUGCCCACCCUCUUCCUCCGGAUGGUACCCCUGGGAACGGAGCUGAAGGUGGGAGUGGGGCCAGAGUGAAUCCAGAUGUGACAGAACCCUGUUCGGAUGGCUGGAGCUUUGAUGCUACCACCCUGGAUGAACAUGGGGCCAUGCUCUUUUUUAAAGGGGAGUUCGUGUGGAAGAGUCACAAAUGGGUCCGGGAGUUAAUCUCAGAGAGGUGGAAGAAUUUCACCAGCCCUGUGGAUGCUGCAUUCCGCCGUGGUCACAACAGUGUCUUCCUGAUCAAGGGGGACAAAGUCUGGGUGUACCCUCCGGAGAAGAAAGAGAAAGGAUAUCCUAAGUUGCUCCAAGAAGAGUUUCCUGGAAUUCCAUCCCCAGUGGAUGCAGCUGUGGAAUGUCACCGUGGGGAAUGCCAAGAUGAGGGUGUCCUCUUCUUUCAAGGUAACCACACAUGGUUCUGGGACUUGACUACGGGAGCGACAAAGGAGCGUUCCUGGCCGGCUGUUGGGAACUGCUCCUCUGCCCUGCGAUGGCUCAGCCGCUACUACUGCUUCCGGGGUAACCAAUUCCUGCGCUUCAACCCCGUCACGGGAGAGGUGCUUCCAAAGUACCCUCUGGAUGUUCGAGACUACUUCAUACCCUGCCCUGGCAGAGGCCAUGGACACAGGAAUGGGACAGGCCAUGGGAAUGGUACCCACCCUGGCCAUAGGGAUGUGCGCUGUGGCCCAGAUCUAGUCUUAUCUGCACUGCUGACUGACAACCAUGGUGCCACGUAUGCCUUUAGUGGGUCCCACUACUGGCGUCUGGACACCAGCCGGGAUGGGUGGCACAGCUGGCCCAUUGUCCAUCAGUGGCCCCAGGGACCUUCAACAGUGGAUGCUGCCUUUUCCUGGGAUGAUAAACUUUACCUGAUCCAGGGCACUCAGAUAUACAUCUUCUUGACUAAAGGAGGCUAUACUCUAGUAGAUGGUUAUCCAAAGAGGCUGGAAAAGGAAUUUGGGAGCCCUCAUGGGAUCAACCUUGAGGCUGUAGAUGCAGCCUUUACUUGUCCUGGGUCUUCUCGGCUCCACAUUAUGGCAGGACGGAAGCUGUGGUGGCUGGACCUGGAGUUAGGAGCCCAAGCCACAUGGACGGAGCUUCCUUGGCCCCAUGAGAAGGUUGAUGGGGCCCUGUGUGUGGAAAAGUCCCUUGGCCCCAACUCAUGUUCUGCCAACGGCCCUGGCUUGUACCUCAUCCAUGGCCCCAAUUUGUACUGCUACAGUGAUGUGGAGAAACUGAACACAGCCAAGACCCUACCCCAGCCCCUGAGAGUGGACAGCCUCCUGGGCUGCAGUCAUUGAGAGGAGGGCUCUUGACAUGAGUCUGGCAUAGCCCCUUCUGCCUAUUUUCUUUACAAUAAAGCCAGAGUGCUUCUUUGCUGGACUCAAGGGGCCCUGGUUGUGGAACAAUCUCACUUCUUCC